AUGUCACCACAAAACUCGCCCCUUCCCAGUCCUGGCCUUGCAACACGAUUCAAGCGACCGGCAAUACCUCGAAACGCUGUUAUGGACCGAGAACAUCCUCCACUCUACGCUGGAGAUUUUAACAACAACCUCUCUAAAGAUAUGUACUGGUGGGAGAAACUAGACGUCAAAGAUGCUGAAGAGAAGAGAAUCCUUCUCGCCAUGUAUUACGGUGAAGAACGCAAGCCCCGAUGCAAUGUAUGCGAAAAGCAAAACCGCGCUUGCAUGUGGUUUCUUGGAGAAGAAGGCCAGUCUCACAAGAGUUGUGUCAAGUGUCGUCGUGUGCAUGCUACAUGCAAGCCUAGCAGGAGCAGAAACAUGGAAACCGACGUUGAUGACUCUCGGCCAAGUAUUGAGGCUCGCGCGGAUUCCAACCAACAGAGCACCUCUUCCCAAAAACGCAAAGCAGCUGAAUCUGAUGCGAACGACACAAACGGGGCCGUCAAGCGUACCCGCUCAUCCUGGCGGGCAUACCCUACCAGAGAGUCAACUGAUGACCAACCGGAAGUGAUCUUUGUGAGAUCUCAGGAUAAUCAAUACGCUGGAAAACUUGAAUCGACGCCCCAAACCCGCUUUGAGACGCCUUUGCGUAGUGGUCCAAGCUGGGUGGGCUCUCGCACGACCCUCGACGAUGAGACUCAAGUCGAUACCUUGGCUGAUCGCUCGACUACUGCUGAACAUAGAGAUGGCCGUCUCUCAAGCACUACGUUGGGCGCAGAUAUACGUCAUCUGCAAGAGACACAUGACCAGGAAAGCCAUGCGAGUAUACCUCGCCGACAACCACAGGACAACACAAUGCCUGGCUUCAGUGAUGUCGAGAAGGGACUUUACGCAAUCAUCGACAAGCGAUACAAGACCGAGCUUGAAAAUCUGAGAACAAUGAUCAAGAAACAAGCUGCCGACCUGUUGGCUCUUCGUGCUGACUAUACGAGGAGGGACCCAAACGGGGAAGCAGUUGACGAAACCCAGAUCGAGAGGUUGGAAAUGCAAAUCGAGACAGAAAGGUCCAACAGGCGAUGGUUGGAAGAUGAAAUCACACGUCUAAAGGCUAGAGUGAGCCGAGUCGAGGGAGGACAGUAG